UGGCCACAGUGUCUAAACAGACAGACAUGAAGAGACUCCUUGACUCCACGACUGAACAGUAUCGAGCCGGAGCCUGGAUUGGGCUGCAGCGAGACUGGUGCUGGUCUCAGCCAGGGGUGGAGUUCAACGAGAGUAAAUGGUCUCCAGGACAGCCGGAUAAUUACGGCAAUCAGGAGAACUGUGUGUGGAUGAAGAAUGACACAUGGGAUGACGACUCUUGUUCUAGACCAUAUAACUUUAUCUGCUAUGAUGAACACAACAAGAUCGGCAAAACAUUUCAUAUCAUUGACACUGUGAUGACCUGGCUAGAUGCUCAGAGCUACUGCAGAGAACAUCACACUGACCUGAUCAGUGGAGUCAAACAGCUAGAAGACUUCAAGACACAGGGCCAGAAUGAUGCAAACCGAAUUUUCUGGAUCGGCCUGUUCAGAGACUGCUGGAGUUGGUCAGAUGGGAGCAGUUUCUCUUUCAGACUCUGGGAUAAAGAUGAACCUGAGAAGACAUGUGCUAUGACUACGUCAAAUGGAAAAUGGAGCUAUGCUGACUGUGAUGAAAGAAAACCCUUCUUCUGCUACAACGAUUCAGUGAUCCUGAUCAAGGAGAACAUGACCUGGGUGGACGCGUUAUACUACUGCAGAGAUCACUAUCGCGACCUUGUCUCCAUCACCAACCAGGGCGAGCAGCUCUGGGUCCAGGAGAGAGCCAAGAUGGCCUCCACUCCCUACGUGUGGCUGGGACUGCGCUACACCUGCACUCUGGACUUCUGGUUCUGGGUCACUGACGAGACGGUCCGCUACACCAACUGGGGCCCCGGCCAGUCUGGGGACGACUGCAACAUGUCUGGAGCCAUGGACAGAGAGGGAACGCACCAGUCGGUCAAAAUGAUCGACGACGACCACAAGUUUAAUUUCAUCUGUUCCAAGUAAAAACCAGCAGACUGUAACUAAGUACAUUUACUCAAGUACUGUACUUUAGUAAUAAUGCUGUUGAGAUGAGGUACUUUA